AUGCUGCACUACCUUGCUGCCAGCUGUUUUCUGCUGGCUCUGAGCGGCCUGCAGCCAGCGACCGCGGCCAUCCACAAGCGCAGCGGGGCCCACGCGGCCAACGGGCUGGGCUCGGAGGAGUCUGCCACCCGCUCGCAGGCCCACUCCCACGCCCAGUCAAAGCCCGCGCUCAAUCCGUCCGGCAGUGUCGAGAACACGGACCUCUUGGAUAAACUCAGCUGGAAGUGCGCCAACAAUGCGAGUUGUCUGUACGGCGUGGCCAAUGGCAUCAUGGCCUCGUAUCGGCGCGGCGAGACCAUCAAGCUGGGCCUCUUCGACCUCGUCCGGCUGCCCGAGCUGGACCAGGCAACGACGCACAAACACAAAUGGGGCACGGGCCGCGGACUGGCCAGCUUCAUGGACUUUGUCAGCGGCAAUGCCGUGCGUGUGCCCGUCGGCCCCAUGGUGUUUAGUGUGCAGCGCUCGGAGGAGGACAGCGAUUACAUUGAGGUGGCGCUGCUAAAGAAGGCCGCCAGCGGCACAGGCAGGCUGCAGGGUACUGGCGGUGUCGCAAGCCUGCUUGGGGGCGGCGGUGGAGGCGGUCUGCUGGGCGGCGGGGGAGGCGGCGGUGGCAUUGGAGGCGGCGGUGGCCUGCUGGGUGGCGACAAUGGCGGUGGCGGUGGCGGUGGACUGCUGCGUCGACGACAUCAGCACCAGGACAAGAAGCAGUUCCAGAUGCUGAUUCCCAUGUACCUGGCGGCGACCACUUUCGGCUGGACAAUGGUGGCCGCCAAGGCGGUGGGUUUGCUCACUCUCAAGGCUCUCAUUCUGUCCAAGAUUGCGUUUGUCGUGGCGGCCAUUGUGCUGAUCAAGAAGCUCAUGGAUAAUGCCAGUGAAAAGAUGAUGUACCAGUUCCCGGAGCAAACGCCCUACAUGAUGCCCUAUGGCAUGGACUAUGGUGGCCUGCAUGGCGGCGAUAUCUCGCCGGAAAUGUAUCCCGGCUCGCUGCAUCAUCUGGCCAUGGCCGGCGGCGGCCAGCUGUCCGGGCAUCCCGGCCAUCCCGGCCUCGAGAGCUUCGGCGCGGAGAGUCAUCUGCACUCGCAGGUCUCCAGCGACGGCAGCAAUCACACCCAGGUGCUGGCAGCUCUGGGCGGGCUGGGCGGACUGGGCCACAAAAUCAAACGUGAGGACUCUUGGAUGGCGAAGAGUAAGUCCACUCCAGCCAGGCGGCCGCUCAUCUACAACUACGUCCAGCCGCACAUGCCCUACUACCGCUCCUGA